ACCAAACUGCCAACGCAUCAAACAAACCGCCAUGACCGUGGCUAGAACGAAGCUGUCUCCGCUACAACGUGUGCGGGUGUUCCCGUUUUCCGAUCCUCUCCCAAUGUCAUCCCCUCACUUCAUUCCUCUUGCUCCCCUUCUUCCCUCACCGAACCCCCACUUCCCAUGUCCACCACCGACGUCUCACCCGUCCCUGCGCCCGAGCUCGGGACCUUCGUCGUCCAAGUCGCCAAGGACCAGAUCUACCGCGUCCCCCCGCCGGAGAAUGCCGACCUCGUCGAGCGCUACCGCAAACGGAGUAAAAUCCGCCGCCGCAACCCCUGCUUCCGCUGCCUCAUCUGGAUCCUCGCCGUCGCCUUCCUCCUCCUCCUCUUCGUCGCUACCACUGCCGUCGCCUUGUACUUCAUUUCGCGUCCCGCGUCGCACGCCUUCGCUGUCCGAAGCCUCUCCGUCCGGGGCACCACCGAUCCCAAUAAAACAGAGUACGAUCUGACCUUGAGCGUUAGAAACCCUAGUCACGAAUUGGGGAGCGUGGUGCUCGUGUCCGUCACGAACGUAGCCGAGAUCGCGGCUGGAAAGACGCCGCGGUUCUACCAGGGGCCCUUGAACACGACGACGAUGCCGCUGGCUCUCCGCGGAUCGAACGCCUCGCAGCCGAAGGGCGCGGCGGCGUUGCAGUUGACGGCGAAGUUGAGAGCGAGGCCGAAGGUGGGAAAGUUGAAGCUUUGGAGUAUGAGAAUGGAGGUGACUUGUGGUGUUGGAGCGAGUGCGCUGGCCGGAGAAGCCCUCAUCUUGUCGCAGCAUUGCAACACCAAGCUUCGACUGUGA